GAUGGAAUAUAUUCCUUGUCUUCCCCAGAGUCAUUUGCCUUGGAUCCACAGUUUGAAUCCAGGACUAGAAAAAAUAAGUGCAAUUGUAUGGGAGGGUAAUGACUGCAAGAAAGCAGAUAUGUCUGUACUUGAAAUCAGUGGUAUGAUAAUGAACAGAGUGAACAGCUAUAUACCAGGAAUUGGUUAUCAGAUUUUUGGAAACGUCAUAUCUUUAAUCUUGGGUUUAAUGCCAUUUGUCUUUCGACUUUCCCAAGCUAAAGAUUUGGAACAACUAGCUACACAUUCUGCCACUGAACUUUGUAUGACUGCAUUUGGGUCAAAUGGAGACAUUCUGGUUCUCUCAAUGGUUAUUAUAAGUUUUGUGGUCCGUGUGUCUCUAGUGUGGAUUUUCUUUUUUCUGCUGUGUGUAGCAGAGAGGACAUAUAAACAGAGGCUACUUUUUGCCAAACUUUUUGGUCACCUAACAUCUGCCAGAAGGGCAAGAAAGUCAGAGGUUCCUCACUUCCGCUUGAAGAAAGUACAGAAUAUAAAAAUGUGGCUUUCUCUCAGAUCCUAUCUAAAGCGUCGUGGUCCUCAACGUUCAGUUGACGUAAUAGUUUCAUCUGCCUUCCUACUAACUAUCUCAGUUGUGUUUAUCUGUUGUGCACAGCUGCUUCACAUGCAUGAGAUCUUCCUUGAUUGUCACUACAACUGGGAACUUGUAAUUUGGUGCAUUUCACUAACUCUUUUUCUCUUAAGAUUUGUUACUCUUGGAUCUGAGACCAGCAAAAAGUACAGCAAUACCUCAAUAUUACUUACUGAGCAGAUAAACUUGUACUUGAAAAUGGAGAAAAAGCCUAAUAAGAAGGAGGAACUGACACUAGUGAACAAUGUUUUAAAACUUGCUACUAAGUUAUUGAAGGAACUGGACAGUCCCUUUAGGUUAUAUGGGCUUACAAUGAAUCCACUGCUUUAUAAUAUCACCCAGGUUGUCAUCCUGUCAGCUGUUUCGGGUGUCAUCAGUGACUUGCUUGGAUUUAAUCUAAAGCUCUGGAAGAUCAAAUCUUGACAAUAUAUAAAGAAGAUGAGAUAACACAGUGUUAUAGAAAAACUCAUUGAUUGACAAAACUGCCUCAAAGCAGCCACUGAAUCUGUAUUUCAGAUGCUACAACCUCUUCAAGGAUGUCGUUUGGAAAAUUGAAGUGUUUACAUCUGACUGUCUUGUGCAAUCUUUGUAUUUAUUUCAUCUUCUCAUUGUUUUAUGUUCAUUUUAGUUGACAUUUAUAUUUUAUUUUCAAACUUACUUGUUUAGUUUUGGAAAGGUCAGAUUUGGGAAAGGUCAAAAGCUGUGUGUCUGAGAACUUGAAAUCCUGGAAAUUGAUUACACUAAAUUACUAUAUAUGUUGUUAAAGCUGAAGCCAAUGUUGAACGUUUUUAGUUACAGUAACACUGUAUGCAAAUAAUUUGAUUUUUGAUAGUGUGGUAAAAUUGCUUAGAAUAUGUCAUUUGCACCAAUCAUUUAUGAGGACAACAGAACAUCUGUAGAUGUUUGGUUGCAAUAGAGAAGUGAGACGUACACAAAAAAUAAAAUACUGACAAUACAGUUUGACAGGUAACAGAAAUAUUUUCUAUUACUAUUAGAAGCAAGUGGGAAUUUUUAAUGUCUUGAGUAAUUCCAGGAUCUAAACUCAUAUAGGCUGCAGUUUAAAUAUCCUGGGAUAUUAAUAAGGUAUUCUAUAACAAGUCAACAAGUGCUCUUUGAUAACACUUUUAUUAGAGCAAUAAUUGUAAAUGGUUACCAUGCUGUAUGAUAUUUUGAUAUAAUUAAAUACUGUAUUUAUUUGAAAUACUGGGCUGUUCUGCGCAGCUCUGACUGUGCAUGCUCGAUAUGUGCACUUUUUAUUGUUACUUUUAAUGAGAAACUUUAUAUAUACAUAUAAAUGUAUAUUAAUUGGAAUAUAUUAUGGUGAACUGUGGAGCAGUAUAUAUUAUAUGUUGAAGUUGAAUAUUUAAACAAGCGAAAGAUUUGCUGGUGAAAGGAAUGCUAUGAAUGACUGAGUGUAAGAUAGAUAGAUGCUCUCCUCUUGUACACUAUAGUAUAUGCCAUUCGUACCACAUUGAAGUUUAAGAACAAUUAAACAUAGAAAACAAGUUCCUCUGGCGAGCAGCAGAGCUCAUGAAGCCUGGUAUUCAGCGGAUUUGUGUCUUCAAAUAACCUCCUUUCCCUUACUCCUCCCCAGCAGGGGUCAUUCCCUAGCGCUCUCCCGGCAGAGGUUUCCCAGCCUCGGGUUUUCCACCUCUCCCUCUGCCUUCUCUCCCUGCCUCCCACAUGGACCAGAAGUACUGACUGGUGGUUCUUCAGUGUGACAAAAAUAGUCACCUGUGGAGAAUUAAGUUACUUGGAACAAACUUCCCAUCUACAAAUUAUUUGGGGAGGAUUAAUACCACCAGGCGCAAGUAUUCCUACGUUUUAUGUUUCUAAAAUAGUGGCUUCAUUUUCAAAAGUGACAAGUAAGUAGGUGACAAGAGUCUGGACAUUGCACUAUGUUUGCUAAUCUUCAGAAUCUUGAAAAAAUUGAAGUAAUGUAUCUUAAACUUAUGUGGUAUACAAAUAUUUUUAUAUAUAAAGCAACACAAACAAGCAUUUUGUAUUUUAUUUGCCUCUGUACUAAUGUUUAAUAAUGACCAAAGUGCAUUCUGGUUUUUGAAAGAAUGUAUUACUGGAGCUUUAAGAACAUACUAUAUUUUAGUUUCUCAUGUGAAAACUUCAGCUGCAUCUGAUCUGUUUCUUCUUUCUCUGUUGUUUGAUGUUGGGAUUGUUUUUAAAAAUUAAGUACAUUUUAUACACAGUUUUUUCCAAAUUAUGGUACAAACCUACACAGAAUUUAAUUUUGCACAAAAUAUAUUUUAAGAAAAAAAAGUACAGCAGGAGUUCUAUGGGUGAUAAAAGAUAAGGCUAUUGUUUUUUACAGCCUGUCACUAUUACAAAACCAUUAUUUACUCUGGAAUUAUUUUUAGAAAUGUAAAAUGAAUAUACGGCUUUCAUUACAUUUAAAAAAAAAAGGGAGGGAAAACAUUGCGGUUUCGGUUGAAGGUGAAAUUAGUUUAACCAUGUAUACCUCAGCAACUAGCACUGUGCUGGAUUGUUGCACUAACAAAUGGUGGCUUGGGGAGAGUAAAAGAUUUGUGAAAUGAAAUUAAAAAUAAUAAAAAUCUUUAUUUGCUAC